AUGACAAGAGCUGGCUCUAGGAGAGGAGCCAGAGUAGAGCCUGCAUGGAAACAAGAACAGAUGAUGAGUUACUCAGUGGGAGGGGAAGGCUAUCGCCAGUGCACUCUGACCCUGCUGGACAGAAGGCACGAAUUAGGUCUCAUUGCAUUACUCGGGGCAGUCCCUGGGGCCACCGUGUCUAGGCCCAUGUGCUUCAGGCAAACUGUGCCUGUGGCUAGCAGCUCUCCGAAGGCUGUGAACCUAACACCAAGUUCUCUGGCUGCAUCCUGCUUGGGUGUGAGAGACUCUGCUACUAUUUCCUCCUCCUUCAGGAAAUAUAAUGAUGGCGAGAGCUGUGUUCUUCUAGGAAGAAAGAGAUACUGUGUCUCUUCCCUGGGUUAUACUGGCAAAAGGAAAGGUCAUUAUCAGCACACUGGGCAUGUGCUUCUGCCUUCAAAAUCCCAGGGUGACAGUGGAAACAUGGAGACGCGAGAUCUUCUCUGGGAACCCUCAGUAAGAUACACACCAUAUACUAUGCGACGUAAGAGUAGAGAAGAUCAACAUAUGAAGAACAAAAUUCAUAUCACAGUGUGGAGAGAUGGCAAACCUCAAAAGAAAGAAGUGAGGCAGCACACAGAAGAUGGAACGCUGGGGAGCUGGUUCAAGGUCACGAUUCCAUGUGGCAGAAAGUCUGACAAGACACAGCUGAUGAAAUCAGUUCACAGCCUUUGCAGAGUGCCCUUCACCGCAGUGGACUUCCAUUGUGACAAACAUCGGAUCCGGUUCUUUGUCCAGGAUGCUAGCAUUGCCUGUGCAUUGAGGGAUGUCAGCUACAAGAUUUAUGAUGCAGAGAGUCAGAAGAUCCCUGUUUUUGUCAAUCCUUCAGAUGUACCCUACUCUGUGCUGAAUAGAUUCACAGGAGAACAAAUGGAGCAGCUAAAGCUGGCCCUGAAGAAAAGAUACGAUGUUUCCCAGCAUGCUCUGAAUCUCCAAAAGCUGCACUCUGACCCAGACUUGCUGCACCGUGGCAUACACAUGAUUCUGAACCGAAGAAGCUGCAUGACUGCCACCCUUCAGAUCAUCCAAGAGGAUUUCCCUGAGCUGCUGUCCUUGAACUUGAGCAACAACAAACUUUUCCGGUUAGAUAGCCUAUUUGAUGUGGUAGAGAAGGCACCGCAAGUCAAGAUCCUGAACCUCUCCACAAACGAACUAAGAACAGUGUGCGAGCUGGAGAAGAUGAAGGGGCUGAAGCUGAAAGAGCUGUGGCUAGAAGGGAACCCCUUGCGCAGCACCUUCACAGACAGUUCUGCCUACGUAAGCGCUGUCUUGGACUGUUUCCCAGAAUUGUCUCACCUGGAUGGCAGGAAGUUACCACUUUCAACUGUAAUGGACAUUGAAGAACCUCAGUUAAUGAAGCCCUGCAAGGAAAGCUUUAAGGCUUCUGAGGCCAUAAAGAAUCAAGUACACCAAUUCCUACAGGAGUAUUACUUUAUCUACGACUAUGGAGAUCGACAGGAUCUCCACGGAGUUUACCAUGACCAGGCCUGCUUCUCCCUGACAAUUCCCUUCAACCCCAGUGAUCCAGAUCUGAGUGGCAUGUGUGGGUACUGCAUGGAGAAUCCCAAGGAGUUCCACCUUCAGAGGCAGAUGCUGAAGUACACGAAACAGGACAUUGUAAACUUUCUCAGGACAUUACCCAAAACCCUGCAUGCUUUGAGCUCUUUCCAGGUGGACAUGUGUUUCCAGACGGAUACGAUGCUCUGCUUCUCUGUUAGUGGAUUGUUCAAGGAAGUGGAAGGCACCUAUCAGGGAUGCAUUCGUGCCUUCAUGCGCACCUUCACUGCUACCCUUGACAGGAGGAGUUCAAACUUGUGCAUGGUGAAUGACCAACUUCUUGUGAGGAAUCCAAGCCCUGAUGAGAUCCAGGGUGCCUUUGAUGCACCCUUGCCCACAUCAUGCUCUGCCUUCAAGCCCGUCCUCUCUCAAGAGCAGCAAAAGAUGGUGUGGGCUUUCUCCACCCAGUCUGGGAUGAAACUUGAGUGGUCUCAGAAGUGCCUUGAGGACAAUGCCUGGGACUACAGCAGAGCUGCUGAGGUUUUCACCAUGCUCCAGGUGAGAUCUGGGAAUCAAGUGGGUGACAGAUGGGUGUCUCUGGAGCCUUUAGUAAGAUGGAGUCUAGGUGAUUAG